AUGACCUUUGAGAUGAUUGACACACUUCAGGAGAGGGUAGACAUCGUUGAGACAGAGGCAAAGCUUGCCCAGCUGAAGCAGGAGAAAGCCGAGGAUAGGGCUAGGGUCGUGAUCGACUCCUUCAACACUUUCUGUGCUAAAAUGGAGAAAGAUGUCUUGCCUCAAGCAGACGAGGGUGAGGCCCUGCUCAAAGCUUUCGGCGCGGUUGACGUCCCUAGCCUCAAAGCCAAGAUCCAGCACAAAAUCGACACUGAGGUUCAAUCCCAAGUGCUGGCCCGAGAAGAAAUAUCUCGGCAGAAGAUCAAGAUCUUGGAGGCUGAUGCCAAUCAACACCGCCAAGCCUGCAAAAGGAGGGAAAAAGAUAUGGUCGAGGCCGGGGUCCAGCUAGAGUCUCAGCGGCAGAGCAUCAGCAGCCUGGAGGUUCAACUGAAGAACCAAGAGGAACAACUCUCUCAGGCCCGAGACAAGGCCGAGCAGACUGAGCAGCGGCUUGCUGAUGCCGAGGCUCAGUUGAAGGAACAGCGGGAGUCCUCCCAGAAAGCCUUGGACGAGGUACAGAAGAAGCUAGCCGAUGCUGAGGCUCAGCUAGCCCUUAGGGUUUAUACCCAGGCUGAGUACUCCACUGCCUACCUCAAUGGCUAUAGGGUGGCUCGGAGGCUGGCUCUCCAUGCUGCACCUGACCUGGAUUGGUAUCAAUGUGAAAUCUGGGCUGAAGACCCCAAGAAUCCUCACAUGCAGCAGGCUAGCCAGGCUGAGGUAGAUCUGCUAGCCCGCCUCCUGGCCGAGGAUGCUGCGGCCAAGGAGGCUGAGAUGAAGGAGGCUGAAGUCCAAGCUCCAGUUCAACCCGCCUCUUCUGCAGCUGAGGUUGAUGCCGCGCUGGACUCCAACCUUGCUGGGAGGCCUGACCCUUCAGCUGAAGCCUAG